AUACGUAAGCUGCGGAUAAUCGUUAACUCACUUCUAUAUCUCACCGUGUUCUUGUUCGUACGGAUAUUUGAGAGUAAAUAUUGUUCUGUUUGUGAUAUACCAAGCAUUUUCUGUAAUUCUUUCACAAAUAAUCAAAAUCUCGAAUAGUGUUUGCUUUGACUCGAAAUUCUGAUAUAUAUAUUCACGUUGCAAGCAUCAGACUGAACAAUGAACAGUAGGGUAGCGUUACUGUGCACGUGCGUGGUAUACGUGACGCUCGUACAGGGACAGCUUCCGAACAGGUCUCCGGAUUCGCGGUAUCAAUACUCCACUGAUAUGGACCAAGAGGGUAAAUAUGUGCUCAGGUGGGGCUUCAACAGCUCGGACAUCUGGUUUGAGGCCCAGGUACAGACACUAGGUUUUGUCGGCUUCGGCAUAUCUCAGAGCGGCCGGAUGUUCCCCGCGGACGUAGUCGUCGGCUGGAUCGCCAACGAACAGGCCUAUUUCAGAGACUACCACACGGAGCGGUACGGACACCCGAACGGGAACGAGACCACGGACUGGUUCGGUGAUUACGGGUACGAGGAGAACGGAUGGACGGUUCUGGGAUUCCACAGAGCCCUGGACACGUGCGAUACUGUGGGCGACAUCAAGAUUGACAAAACCACGAUGAAGUUGAUAUAUUCGUACGACCCAGUUGACCCAGACGCCAACAGUGCCACGCCGCUGUUUCACCACGAUUACAGGGGUUCUAAAUCAGUCUCGCUUCUCAACCCAUCUCCCGUGUCCUUUCCGCCUGAUGCUGACGUCAUAGACUUUACAAACGAAAACUUUACAAUCCCCUCGGACAGAGAGUCCAGUUACCAUUGUAGAGUGUUUGAUCUUAGUGCCGUCCCCGACAAAUACCACAUCAUUAAGGCAGCCGCGGUGUACAGCCCGGGGACUGAAACUUUCGUGGAAUACAUGGCGCUGUACCGGUGCCGACAUCCGGACCCCGCCAGCAUCCUGGCUGCCGGAAGUAGCUUCAAUUGCUUCUCCGACGCCCCAGACCAUGUACAAUUCUGUCGCGAACAUGUUGCUAGCUUCGGCCAUGGGCAAAAGGACUUUUUCCUGCCUGAAGACAUGGGUAUCCCUAUUGGCGGCCCAGAGGAGGCAAAUGUGUAUGUUCUCGCCACACACUACCAAAAUGAUGGGUUUGAGACAGGCAUUGUGGACAACUCCGGCAUCCAGCUGACGUACACGGCGAUGUUACGGCCUAACGAUGCAGCCUUCCUGUCCAUGGGGAACAUCAUCUCGCCCAACUGGCUGCAGUUCCUCCCGCCCGGGGAGAGUAGCUUCACCCAGAAGGCCUACUGCUCAGAGAGAUGCCUAGGAUGGGGUUUCCGGGGCAGCGGGAACGCUAUACCCAUGACGAUCGUCGGUGCGCAGUUUCACGUGCACGGGCUCGGGAAGGCCAUGAAGUUACGUCACUUUUCACGCACCGGGGGACAGAGUUUCGCUGAGAACCCGUGGCUCGUGCAUGACGAUCACUUCGACGCACGUCAACAGACGUUCAACUUUGCUGACCAACGGAGAAAUGUUUCUUAUUUCGACCACAUGCUGCUGGAAUGUACGUACGAUACGAACGAACGCAGUGGGCCAACCUUUGGCGGCUGGAAUAUCCGUGACGAGUUGUGCCGCGCGUAUGUGCUUUACUACCCCCGAAAGUCCAUUGAGGGAUGCAUGUCGUGGAGCAACUAUGACCAGCUGCGCAGCACCAAUGGAACACGGAUCCCCGGAAACCAGGUGUUUCAGACGCUUAUCAACACCGACUGGACCGGAAAUAACGUUAUGCGACGGAACCUGCGCAGUUCCCUUGACGAAUCGAUAGAGAACGCUCAGUGUUGGUCGUCCAAGCAGCAACCAUCGUAUGCAAUCGACUGGAUGCCGCGUACAGAAAAGCAACCAAGCUCGUUGUACACGCCUCCAGCAGACAGCACAUGUCGCGUUUGAAUGACGUCAUUUCAAGUAUCCUAGUAGUGCUUGCGUAAAACAUACCGCAGUUCUACAACAGAUUACAGCUACUAGACGUUAAACAUUGUUUCAGUGUCGACAAUGAUAUGUUGUUGUUCUUGGCAGUCCUUACCUCAGGUGUAAGAGCGGUCAUGUUUUUAUGAAGUAUGAAUUUGCCAUAAUAUGUCAUUCUAUCUAUUUAUUAUUCACUGUUUCAUCUCUACAUUUUUGUAAACUAAAUGACAAUAAAUUGUUAUAAAGUA